AUGGCGCAACCUGCUCAGCAGUUCUUUCAUAUGUGCAGAACCUGUCGACAGAGUCUCCACGGUGCAAGCUGGCCGAAGUCUGUACGAUCGUUCACUUCUACUCCGACGAAACGAAAAGUGAUACCUUCCUUUUCACCAACCUCCAACCCCGAGUUCGACGAACUUCUCCUAGCAUGGCGCAACAAAGUCUUCACGCCGGCCGCAGUCGAAUCUCAUCACCGAGAUUUGAUGUACAAGACAUCUCAACAGGCUACCCUCGUUAACGAACCCGGAGUUACCGUCACGAUGGAUGAUGGUGAAGAAAUCAAGCUCGAGCCACGACAUGCGUUCGACAAGCCUAACAUGCGGAAGAGUCUGAAACAACUAGCCAGAUUACUAGACGGGAAUCAGAGCGAUACAUAUUGGAGUAACCUCCUCCCGUUUCUCAGAGGCUUAGUUUCAGCCCAGUUGAAACUACCCGGGGUUUUUGCCUCGAAACUCACCCGAAAAGCCUGCGAGGUGGGCAAAGAGCACAUUAUUAUCAGCGCGGUGGCCAAGCCGAAGGAUACGGGUAUCUCGUUGCGACAGCACGACGUAGCACGAGAGCUGAUGUUAGGUCUUCACAGCCAUGCAGUCCUUGCAGGUUUCGAGGGUCCUGAGCUUGAAACAAUUUCACGACGAGCCGAACAUGUAGCGAGAAUGUUGGAAGAUCAGCUUCACACUGGCGACAAGCUCAGACAUGGCGAAUGUGAUGCGCGAACGGAUCCAGUCGUGUUGGCCGUCUUACUGGAGUUGGCCGCCGAGAGGGCAUUGCACAGACAUGAUGGCACAGACAAGGACGGUCAGGUUGCCAGCUAUGCCACCAGGCUCCUUCACCUAGAGGGGCGAAAGCAGAAUUCCGACAUCGAAAGUUUAUCGGCCCACGAGCAAAACCACGCACUGGUGCAGUCGAUACCGAUCCAGAAUUCGAUAAAGUGGGCGUUGAAGGUCGACUCCGUCAAAAACUCCCAGCUUGAGAAUCAGUUGAACACCGAAUUGAGGGGUCUAACGAAGAUAGUGGACAGUUUGGCGCGUAAUGUGCGCGCUGCGCUGGGCGACAAACCUAGAAGAGGCCUAGAAAUGUACGAUCAGCUCAAUGGGAAGGCCACAGAUGCUGCUAGGCCAAUUCCCAGCGCCUCACCUGCUGAAGUUGGAAAGGAGGAGGAACAACCAUGA